GGCUGGUCACACUAGACGGUUGCAACCUUUCACACAACAACAAUUAAAAUUGCAAAGAUUUUAAAUAGAUUGUUUAAACAGACGUCAAAAAUGCCAAGGACUAAAAUGGAAGCACUUUAAAUAAACCUCUAACUAACGAAGUCGAAGGAAAUCUUCAUCAGCAAUCAAAAUGUCAUCAGGAUUGAAAUGCCGCAACUGUGGCUCCAACGAGAUCGAGGAGGACAAUGCACGCGGUGAUCGGGUGUGUAUGAACUGUGGAUCCGUGUUGGAGGAUUCGCUCAUUGUGUCCGAGGUACAAUUCGAAGAAGCUGGCCAUGGAGCAGUUGCCAUUGGACAGUUUGUUUCCGCUGAAUCGUCGGGCGGAGCCACCAACUACGGCUAUGGCAAAUUCCAAGUCGGUUCUGGCACAGAGUCACGGGAGGUCACCAUCAAAAAGGCUAAAAAGGAUAUUACAUUGUUGUGUCAGCAGCUGCAGCUGUCCCAGCAUUAUGCGGACACUGCUCUAAAUUUCUUCAAAAUGGCUUUAGGUCGUCAUCUGACACGUGGUCGCAAAAGCACCCACAUCUAUGCCGCCUGUGUCUAUAUGACCUGCCGCACCGAAGGAACUUCACAUUUACUCAUUGAUAUUAGCGAUGUCCAACAGAUUUGUUCAUACGAAUUGGGACGCACCUAUUUAAAGCUAUCACACGCUCUCUGCAUCAAUAUUCCGUCUGUGGAUCCCUGUUUAUAUAUUAUGCGCUUCGCCAAUCGACUGCAACUCGGAGCCAAAACCCAUGAAGUGUCCAUGACAGCGCUACGAAUUGUGCAGCGCAUGAAAAAGGAUUGCAUGCAUUCAGGUCGCCGACCCACAGGAUUGUGUGGAGCAGCUUUGCUGAUUGCCGCACGCAUGCAUGACUUUAGUCGGACUCUGGUCGAUGUCAUAGGCGUGGUCAAGAUACAUGAAUCCACCUUGCGCAAGCGACUAUCCGAGUUUGCCGAGACACCCUCGGGUGGGCUAACACUUGAGGAAUUUAUGACCGUGGACUUGGAGAGGGAACAGGAUCCGCCUUCAUUCAAGGCAGCAAGAAAAAAAGAUCGUGAACGUAUCAAAGACAUGGGCGAACACGAGCUGACGGAUUUGCAAAAGCAAAUCGAUGCCCAAUUGGAAAAGGAUCUAGGCAAAUGCACUAAAAGUGUACUUCGUCAGUUUACUAAAGGGAAAAGUGAAAGCGGUUCUCUGCCAGAUUCACCAAGAAGUUUCUCAGAGAACGAUCUCGAAAUGGAAGAGUCGCGACAAUUUAUCGAACAAUCUAAUGCCAAGGUGAUCAAAGAGUUUAUUGAGGGUGACUCCCAAGAGGAAUGCAAAGACGACAGACAAGAAAACAUUAAGAGAGAUAGCUUGGUGGCUGGGAUCGAGGGAUUACGUCCCGAUAUUGAGGCCAUUUGUCGCGUAACCCAAAGCGAUCUUGAAGAUGUCGAAAGGGCCAAGCAGACCAAGGAUCAGGAACUUAUCGUUGAUGAUCUCAACGACGAUGAACUGGAUCAGUAUGUGCUGACCGAAGAGGAGGCUGUGACUAAACUAAAUAUGUGGCAAACGCUGAAUGCCGAAUAUCUAAAGGAGCAAAAGGAACGGGAAGAACGUCUGGCUAAGGAGCGCGAAGAGGGAAAGCCAGAAAAAAAGAAACGUAAGCCGCCGCGUAAAAAGAUAAUUGGACCAUCGUCGACGGCAGGCGAGGCAAUCGAAAAGAUGUUGCAAGAGAAGAAAAUCUCGAGUAAAAUCAAUUAUGAAAUUCUAAAGACUCUGAUCGAUGUUAAGGGUGAGCUGACAAACGAAGGAGCCUCAACAUCAUCAGGCAGCAGUAGCACCACCGCCAAUGCCACAGCCACCGCCACAACCACAAAUAUAAGUAAUCUAGUCACCCAGGACAUUAAGCCCACUACACUUGAAGAGUUGCAGAAAACUGCAAUUAUAGUUGAAGAUGAACCCAUAAGUAGGACAAAGAGUGGAAGGUCUAAGCCAGCUUAUGAGAUACCGGGUCCAAGUCGUAAACGCGCCAAGGUGGAGAUGGGACUGCCUGUCCAAGUGCAGGAGAAUGAGCCACCAGUGGACACUAAGCCAGCUGUUCUCAUGGAAACUGAUGACUUGGAUGAAGACGCAGAGGCUGAAGCGGAUGAGGUGGAUGCCGAGCCGGAAGCUGAACCAGAGGCCACUCUCCAGGACAUGCUUAAUCAAGGCGACGGCGAUGACGAUGAGUUUGGCUAUGGAUUUGACGAAGAAGAAGAUUAUUAGAUAAUUUAUAAAAGCAAAAAAAAAAAGAAUAGCAUUUAGUUUGUAAUAACAACAUUCUUAGCUCUAAGGAAACACAUCCAUAUACAUAUAUACAUAUACUUAUAUCGUAUAUGUGUACAAAUGUCUAUGUAGUAUGCAUUUUACUCAUAAUACAAUUAAAUUAAGCUUUUUGCCUAAGAA